CGGCAAGGUAAGCUGAUGACCGUUUACAAACAACAAUUUAUGAUUAAUUCAAGCUGACAAAGCUAAAAGGGCAACACUUACCAUGGCACGUAGCUAUUCACACAUUUUCAAUUUAAUGAGCUCACUACAAACUUCAUUUCGCUUUAUGACAUGUAGUCAUUGUGAACAGUACUACGGGAAAGCCUAAUAUCACUGUUACAUCCAGUCAAGCUCUUACUUCAAACUGAUUUAGAAAGGAAAACAAUCUCUUUUACUUCAAAGGUAAGGUUGAAAAAAAAUAUACCGAAGUUUCUUCGAUGAACCCUGCCAGUGCGAACGGAUGUAACUUGCAUUCAUAUGCUCUACUAUUGUUUUGCAACCCUUGAAAAUGAUUUUGCGCUGUUGGUUGUUUAUUAUCGUUGUAUUUCCAUUUUAGAAGGAUUGAAUCGGUUUUAUAAGAAUAACGUUCAAAGUGUUUCGAGCUUAGUCGUAGGAAAUUGGCAAUAUAUCGAAAUCAUGAGACUCUUUAGUGACUUUGAAAAACUAAAUGCUCAAUAUUUCUGAAACUUUCCGCCGAGUGUUUUGCCUAUUAAAAAAUCAUAGCGCCUUACGUUCGAUUUACAUUUUAUGUUUUUGCGAAAUAGCCCUUAGAUUAAAGCUUUCUUUUAUUAAAUUUGAAAAGAAAGUUCAAGCGAAAUUGUUUAUCGCAAGGAUAAAAUUUUGGCCAAAAAUACAUCAAAACACAAAAGUAGCGUAUAAUAUCUACAUUGCAAAAUUUGCUUGCACUUAUUGAUAUGACGUCUUGUAAUUUAAACCUUAGUCAUGACUAGAAAUAAAUUACACACAGGCGCAUUCUGUACAUGCAAAGCCAUUAUUCGCUGAUUAUAUCGGUUAUCUAUUGAUUGCUUUAAUCGAACAGCUAGGUAGGGAUGACUGUUUAGUGAUUCAGCGUUUUAAAUAGCAAGCUUCGUCUUAGCACGGUAUUGGGCUUUGUCAAUAUAUUCGCUCAACCACGAUGCAUUGUUAGCAUAUCUAUGUCGUGGCCGUAAGUGUAUUUUUAAGAAUGCUCUUCAGGGAAAGUGGAAACGAGCGAAUUGGUUUUUGAAGGUUGGAUCAAAUUUUAGCUGAAAACCCUUUCGUUCGUCAAUCAUUUGCACAGCUUGAAGGUAAAUUGCAGCCUCUUAUUUUACUGCUUACUUUUUUCGCAAUGAAAGUUUAUCUUCCUUCCCAUAUUUAUACAAAAAAUGCUCAUGUAAAAUACUUCCAGCGACUAAAUGUCCCGAGUCCUUGCGCUCAAAAUGACACAGUGAUCGUCCCUGAUCGUCUUGUCUUUCAAGUCACGCGAGCACAAAAGCUUAACGUUUUUCCAUUCCUAAAAUUACGGAAACAGGAAGAGUCAUUUCGCUUAACAACUGGCGACACGUUACGAUGAUGCUUAACAUCACGUAUUCAUGCACGCAAGGGCAACUAAUUAUCAUAUGUUAUUGUAAUACAUUAUGGGUCCAGUGCGUGGGCAAAAUUCUUUUGUGUAUUUUCUGUUGUCUUCUCAAUACUCCUUAAUAAGAGAUCGUGUGUGUAAAACUUGCUAUCGAUAUAAGUCCUAAAUGGUAGUUCUAGGUAGCAUUCCAACAUUUUCGUUUCAUUUUAGAGGCUUAUUCAAGAAAGAAGUGCAUUGUUACUCCGAGUCCCUUCCAUUCCAUAAUAAGCCCACUAGACUUUUAAGAUUAAAAACCGAAAUGGUUUGGCUCUAUUUUUCCUAUGGAUCUGAUCAGAUUUUAGUUUUUUUCUUUAUCUGCAUUCAGUCAAAUAAAUAUAUAUAAAUAUAAAUAUAUAUCCCACAAGAUAUUACGUACAUAUCAUGGAUGACAAAUUACUCCUCAAUUUUGGCGCGAAAUUUUAGCGUAAAAUUAUAAUUUCACAUAUGAAAUGAAAACAUUACCAUGGCAACGUUCAGUUCGUCUGACUGGCAAGAUGGCGUCCAAGUUUUAAAAUGAAUGAAGAUUUCAGGGCGUUAAAAGACGCUUUAGAAAACCUAAACACAGGAAAGAGUCCAUCAAGAAGGAUUCUAAAAGGUAUUUUCUCGUAUAAUACAGAAACUUGUAAACUUAUUGGCCAAAGUAGACCUUGUCACGGUUUUCGACGCCAUAUUGACGAGUAGGCUAACGUGUGAGAAAUUGCAGUGUUUGUAUGAGAAUCUAAUGUCGAAUAAUUUCUGUAAAACGGCAGUUCUGAAAAAAAUAUUACUUGCAAACUGAAGCUACAAAACAAAGGAUUGUACUAAAAAAUUUUUGGGGCGUACCUGUGCUUAAAUUUCUCCAGAGGCUUGCUUAAGAUUUUCCAUAUUUUUGUCUGUAAUUUUUCCCGGAACUUUGUUGCCGACAAAUGUAUAGAAAGUUUUAAAAAGUGGUUCUAGGUCUUUUAGCGCAUGUAACGCCCUCAAUUUUUUUUUAGUAGAAUCCUUAGGAGUGAAGCUUUAGUUUACAAUUCAUAUUUUUUUCAGAACAGCCGUUCUACGGAAAUUAUUCGACAUUAGAUUCUGAAACAAACACUGUAAUUUCUGGCGCGUUUACCUACUCGUCAAGAUGGCGUCGAAAACCGUGACAAGGUCUACAGUUUAUGCUCUAAACUUUUCAGAGCGUGGAGUUCUCGAUACGAUGAACAUUGCGUAAAAAAUUUAUUCAAUUGUGAGUGUAAUUUGUCACUCGUGAUGUUACCAGGUAAUCAAAUGUAAACUUCGUGAAAUUAGGGAACUCGGGCAAAACGAGAUUGGAAUUAUUCCUUGGUUUCACUCGUCAUCAUUUGGUUACACAUAACAAUUAUUUUCAUCGUCGGUGCCGAAAAAAAGUUGUUGAAAUAUACAGACAAAGUCGUAUCUAACUUAACCGUGAUGCUUCCAUUUCACUAUACAGUAGAACUGAAAAUGUCAAGUAAAAGCUCCUGCAAACAUUAAGCUACGUUCAUUCAUUCAUUCAUUCAUUUAUUUUUGUCAUUAACCAGAAAUACAACAACAGUGUACAGAAAUACAUUAAAGAUAAUAUACAAAAUCCUAACUAAAUUAUUUACAAGAUCAAAUGUUCAGAGUGGUAAAAAGAAGAAGAUGCCGGGGGCUUAUAAACUAUAGGCUUCCUGGAACUGUAGGGUGAACCAUGCAAAUGAAGGGUACUGAUUGAAAAUUUGGAUUAAUUAAAAAAAUACAUAAAGAAAAGAAAAGAAAAGAAAAGAAGAGAAAAAAGGAAAGAGAAAAAAAGAAAAUGCAGUGUCCUGAAUAUGCCACGGUCAAAUUAUACUUUUUGUCAUGUCUCUGCUCAUUACAGAUAGUCUCUAACAAGAAUUUGUUAAAAGACGAGCUCAUACUUAACUGUAAUUUGUAUUUUGCAGAGCCAAAUCGGAAAGUGAACCUCAAAGAUGACUUUUAGCCAGAGGUUUCGCUUAAACCUGAUCCAGGAGGCUAAAACAGAGCUAGACUUCCUUGCUUUGGUAGAUGAUUUUCCCAGUUUGUAUGCGGGUCCUAUCCUUAAAAAUGCCAUCAGGAGAUAUGAAAUGUUCUGGCUCCCACUGGCAGCUAGAGAGGGUAGCGGAAGUAGACUCCUUGCAGCUCCAUUAGACAUUGCUUGGGUGUGGUAUCUUCACAUGUUGUCGCCACAAGAUUACGAACAGGACUGCAUGAACAUUGUCUCUCACGUUGUUGACCACUUGCCCAAGAACAGAAAUCAAAGAGGAAAAGGUCUUCAAAAUGCACGAUAUUUGUGGGAGAACGCUUAUCCUACGGAACAGUUUGAAGUCGACUUGAACCGUCCUACGCCAUUUGCUAUGCCAUACGGAUUAAAAAUUCGUUACGACAUCGAGAAAGCAUCUUACAACCAAUCCAAGUUCUAUUAUCAAGUAUCGCUCCCGCACUUUAACGAUAUCAAGUUUCUGGAAAGCGCUGUUGAGCGAUACGAACACCAUUUGCAUCUCAAAAUGCAGCAUCCGCAAGUUCCCAUGGUCCCGUUCACUGACAUCGACUUGAUUUGGCACGCACACCUUCAUCAUCCACUGAACUACAAGCAAGUGACUUCAGAAAUGUUCGGGGCAGUAGUGAACCCUGGAAGCCACGACUCGAGUCUCAGCCUGGGAACCACUUUGCACGAUUCUGAGACUGGCACGAGAGCUGUAUGGUCAGCAGCUGGUUUCAAGUAUGACAAACCAGGAGCCGUGUACAGAGGUGACCCUCCUCAUCCCAUUCCUCCUCGACAAAAUGGGUAUUACGCUUCCUUAGGAAGGCUUCAAUACGAGAUGAAAAUACUGCAAGUAGAGGUUGUAAAUGUGGAUGUGAGCAAGAUGUUCACGCUGCGAAUUUACGAUCCUACGGGCGGUCUGGUGGUGGAUACAGUGAUUCAAGGUGGACACCGUCGCAAUAUGACAUCCCAGUGCAUUGUUGACAACGAAAACCUCCACAAGCUUACGGUAUCUUUGCACCAGAAAGCUCUACGGGGUUUCGAAAGGGUCAUUGGUUCAUCUGAAACGAGUUUGCUGUCUUUCAUUGACGCAUGCCCAUAUGGUGGAGCAAUACCUGAACUGCCUUGGGUGAUCGAUAUUCCAUUUAGUGCUGCACGAGCUAUCGUGAGACUGUCGGCCAAGUUGAGCCCUCCGUCUAUCGAAGGUUAUCGGUUUAAAGUAGAGCCAGAACCUUACUUUGCAAAGGUUGACCAUCCAUCCGUGGUACUCAGUUUUCCACAGUCUAUGUUCUCACCCAGAGAUCUGGCAAAAAAUUACCUGCCUUGUGAAUCUGCGACGCACACUUUGCUAGACUGCAGAGGGCGGGAGUCCUUCAAGUGUCGCGUUGUCCACAGUACUGCAGGUUUGCUAUCGGCAGUGGAGAUCAUCAGUCUUGAUGGUGUUGUUGUUGCAUCUGCCCACACAAUGGAUCUCAACACUCUUCCCGAUAAAGCAGCAAUUGAAGAUCACACAAGAUGCGCCUAUUUAGACCGUGUUGAAGGCGAAAGAGCCAUGCUUAUCCGGGGUAAAAAAGAUUGGGGCAUUUGUAUUGGAAAAUGGCAGAGGGGGAAAGUGCUAAAUCGUUCCGCAGGCCAAGUUGAAAUAACACUUUUUAAGCUCAAAGGCGUGAGAGGAUGGUGUGAGGUACGCAAAUUCAAGGGUGGUCUUUACGUGGUCUAUCUAGAAACAGCUGUCUUUGUUUACGUGGAUUUAAAGAGAGGAUUGUUUGUGCUAUCUCCAUCGGCGCAGGAUGCUCCAGAAAUCAUUGCUUUAGCUUUUUCGAUGUCCAUUCUCUAUCUCCUCUGCAAGCCUUACAAUCCGACACCAGCUAACGUUUCGUCACCAUCCUUUCACAAGAAAGCUAAAGAAGAUAAAGUGACCCCGAUGCUUCUUGCUGCUGGAUACAAGAGUUCUACAGUUCCAACGAAUGUCUAUCUUUUACGAAGCUUAAUGGGCCCGUCAGCAUCAGGUCCAUCCCUGGACGGUGCGGGAACGUAUGAUCUGGAUUCAGAAUCCGGUCUUGAUUGGAUUAGAGAACUCAUCAGAAAGAAACAGGAAGCAUAUCUUUUUCAUUAUAUGAGUGGUGUGACCUAUGAACUUCCAUCCGAAAAGGAAGGUAGCAGCACCUUACGCAGGACGAAUGGAAGUUCCUUUACCUUGUAAGGUGGCGAAGAAAGGGACAAAAGUCAGUGUUGAGAGGACGAAACGAUUGAUUAAAUCAACCUCGAGAGUAAAGAAACCGUAAUCUGAUUACGUUUUACGAUCUAUCGUUGGACAUUCUCGGGACCGUAAUUCAUUGUUCUCAUUAACGCGAGUCCGUAAUAGAUUGCGUCGUUCGAACGUCCCUAAUUUUUCCCAUGGAUCUCGCUGCGGUCCGUUUUGUGGGGCCGGUUUUACUGUCACUUAAAAUAGCGAGGAUCCCUUAAUUUGACAGUAUUUAGUUAUAGAUUUAGUUGGGAGGUUGCUAAGCACGAUCGAAGAGCUAACGUCUCGUUCGACUCAGUUUCUAGAGUGGUUAGCAAACAUCUCAAGUGCACCCACGUGAAAAGGACAAUCAAAGCGC